GUACGCCCUCAUUACUAGUUUCACUCCCGGAUAGUGUUCAUGAAUGCAGGCUACACGCAAAUAUGGCUACACUGAGACACUUUGCUCUACCCCUGCUUCUUAUCCUGGCCGCGGUAAUUCAAGCCCAAAGCUUGCAAUGUUACGUAUGUGACAACUGUGAAAAUGGUUAUGAAAAUACUGCAACAACAUGCCAAGCCCCUGAUGCUGGAGGAAACAGUACUGAAUCCACUACUAAUAGCACAGAAGAAGUUACCGAACCUGGUGAAACGACUACAAGUAGCACAGGAGAAGUUACCGAACCUGGUGAAACAACUACAAGUAGCACAGGAGAAGUUACCGAACCUGGUGAAACAACUACAAGUAGCACAGGAGAAGUUACCGAACCUGGCGAAACGACGACAAAUAGCAUAGAAGAAGUAACUGAAGGUGGGGAAACGACGACUAGUGGCACUGGAGAAGAAACUGAAGGUGAUGAAACGACGACUAGUGGCGCAGGAGAGGAACCCGAAGGUGAUGGAACGAAUACAAAUAGCACAGAAGAAGUAACCGAAGGUGGUGGAACGACGACUAGUGGCACAGGAGAAGAAUCCGAAGGUGGUGAAACGACUACAAAUAGCACAGGAGAAGAAACUGAAGGUGGGGAAACGACGACUAGUGGCACUGGAGAAGAAACUGAAGGUGAUGGAACGACGACUAGUGCCGCAGGAGAGGAAACCGAAGGUGGUGAAACGAAUACAAGUAACACAGGAGAAGUAACUCAAGGUGGUGGAUCGACGACUAGUGACACAGGAGAAGAACCCGAAGGUGGUGAAACGAAUACAAGUAACACAGGAGAAGAAACUGUAGCCGAUGAAACUGCAGCCGCCCCAGUCGUAAAUUUGGUAAGAGGACGGAGAAAUGCAAGGCAGUUCAGGGCCAACACGACCCAGGCACGGUGUGUGGUCACCUCAUACGAAGCCAAUGGCGUAACGAGAGUCAAUCGAGGCUGUUCACUUGGCGAAGGUAUCGAAGACUCAACCAGGUGUAGAAACUUGAUCGGGGGUAACUAUAAUGGAACGCUUGGCCGUUGCUACGUUUGCGAUGGGGACAGAUGUAACAAUGCAGCAAAAUCGGCCAUAGCAUUCAUACCAACUUUAUUCGCCGUAAUCGUUAAUUAUUUGUAAAUAACAACAUUACCCAAAAAGGCUUUAUGCACCUUAAGUUGUAUGGAGUACAUUUUUUCUUAAUUAUCCUACUAUGUAAACAAUCUUUUCACUAUGUAAAGUAUGAUGUAAAUUAUUAGAACACUAUUGCGUUUAUCGCCCGCGUUUGUUACUGUUUUUACACAUCCCAUUUUUUUAUAUAGAACUAAAUACAGGACAAAAUAAACAUUAUUAAGAAUCGAAAGGCGAUAUUUGCAUAUACAAUUUGUAAAUAUACAGCGUCACGAGCAUGUCUAGGUUAUCGGUGACGCGGACCCAUAAGUUUUGCCCUCACCGAAAAAAGCUCAACGCGGCUAAUAAAGAUACACAUAAUAACAAACACUCGUCAUUCGCAAAGACAAUUACUGUUUGUCACAACCGGCGUAUUUUUUUCUCUCCUUUCAAAACAUAUCUUACAAUAAAAAUUAAUAAAGAGAUUGUGUACUUACACAAAGUUAGAAAAACUGGAGUAAAUAUUUAUGUGCAGUUUUUUUUGGAAAAAAAAUGGGGAUUUUUAUGAUUGUUCUACAGGCCUGGUCAUCCUUUUCCAUAAUUAGGUCAUCAAACAGCUCUGUAAACAUUUAUGAAUUUCUAUAUGACGAUAUACAAGAGUUACACGAGUAUUUUAUUGUUUAGUUUACCAAUAGUUUUAUUAAUUAAGAUAGAUUGAGUUUGAGAGACCAAAUAAAAUGUUAGGCAACGACUAAAUAAGCACUUAAAGAUUAUUUUUAACCUAAUACAGAAACAGUUAAGGUUUCUCUCAGUCUCAGUCUAAAAUAUUAAAAGAUAUGUGUUUGGACUUUGGAUUAAGCAAUUGUAAUAAUAAUCUAGAACUAAUAAAAGGCCGUUAUUUCGAAAUCACAGGCCACUUAACGCAGAUUUAUUUUGUACUCGGUUAUAUCGCUCCUUAGCGAUAAGACUCUUUGUCACCUAUUUAAUUUCAUGUUUACUACUUAUCUAUUCGUGUACAUGUUUUAAAUAUAUAUGUUGUAUAUAUAUAUUUAUUCUAGGCGUGUUGUAAGCAAACACAUAAUAAUAAUUACAAACUAACAUUUGAAUUUGAAUUUGAAUUUGUACUUUUGCAUAUUCAUACGCCAUUUAAAUUACUAUAAAAGUAUUAGACUCGAACUUUACCCCGACUUAUCAGUCAAAGAAACCAAAAGUUUGCGGAACAAUUGGACGACGAGAGUAAGUGGAGAAGUAUUUUCCAUACACAAAAUAAUAAAUAGAAAAACAAUAUUGUAAUCACACUUGCUCAUGCUUAUUUCAUCUAUAUAAGGCUCAUAAUCCAUCUGGGUAAUACAGAUUAAUUUUUAACAACAAAUAGGUUUUGAUGCGGCAAAAAUGAUGGGCAAAAAUUGUAAACGAACAAAUAUUGUUACCUGAUCGAUUAUGAUAGAUUAACGUUUAAUUUAAUUCACAAUAAAUAAUGAUUUAUUUUUCAAAUA